GACAAACUGCGUUGGUAGUCUGGCGGCAACUUCGGUUACAGACUCGGUUUCUCAUAUACUUUGUAGAAGAGGGAUGAUAAUGAACAUAUGGUCUUAUCUUCUUCUUUCGUUUUUGUUUCUCUGUCAUUGCGACGGCGAGUCGUCGUCAUUCGACUUUUAUUUGUUUGCUCAAGAAUGGCCACCAUCCCUCUGCGAGACGAAUCGUGAGCACAAGUUCAGAGAGCCGUCAGAUUGGAGUUCGAAUCCAAGAUGGACUAUACAUGGUCUAUGGCCUUCAAAGAAUUAUUCAGAUGGUCCAGAGUACUGCAACGACUCGUACCCAUUUAGCUUAGCUCCAUUGAAAGAUUUGAUGUCUCAGAUACAGUAUGAUUGGCCAAAUAUGUUUGCUGAUACAAACGAGAGCAGUCUCUGGGAUCACGAAUGGACGAAACACGGAACUUGUGCAAUGUCAUCGGAUUCUUUGCACAAUGAACACGAUUAUUUUGCAACUGCUUUAUCAAUCUACCAAACGUUAAACCUUUACAAGGCACUUGACAACUCAGGAAUUAUUCCAUCAAAGACAGAUUCGUAUGAAGUAGACAAGGUUCUUAAGGCUCUUACUGCUGCUUAUGGUGUUGAACCAAAUAUUGCAUGUGAACACAGUGAGUCAAUUGGUCAGUAUUUGUCAGAGAUCCAUGUGUGUCUGGACAAGACUUUCAGGCGUAUUGAUUGUGGCAGCUUCGUCUAUUCAUAUUCUGUUUGUCAAUCUAAAGAGUCGGUGAAGUACUUAACGUUUUGAUGUUUGGGCUUAUGAACGUAUUAAACUGCUUUAAUACUUGUUUUGAUGUACCAUGUCUUGUAUCUGUAUGUAUUGCUUAUUACUUAUUAUUGCUUGUUAUAGCUAGAUUUCUAGCCUGGUGUUCUGCUUUAGAUCAUUAUAAGGGUAGGUGGACUUUUUUAGCUGUACACGUUUUGCAGAAAGUGUUGCAUAGACAACCUUGUACAGGAGAUGAUGAAUGCAUUUAAUUAAGGCCCUUCCUUAUAUGUAUAUAAUUAUUAUAAGGCAAGG